GUCUCUCUCCCCGUCUCUCGUGUCUCUCUCCGUCUCUCUCCACCCCCGGCGGCUGUUGCCCGCGCUCGUGCUGAAGUUCCGGCCGAGCGGGCGAUGAGCAGGGCAGGGAAGGUGGCGGCCGACAGGGAAAGGGGAGGUGGAGGUGGAUCCGACCAGGAACAGCGCGGAUCGGAGGAGGUGCCGCCCCGGGCGGCAGAUCUGGAGGAGGACCAGUGCAGCAGAUUCCCAGACACCGGCGGCGGGGGGCUAGAAGACCGGGCCUGUGGAGGAAGAGGAGAAGGAGAAGGCCGCCCAACCAGGUCAGGGAAGAGGCGCCGUUCAUCUCGGCUGGUUCGUGGAUCCCGAUCCGGAUCAGGGGAUUCAUUUUCAUCGUUGAAGAACCAGCGACUAAGGAGAAGGGACAUGGAUCAUAUCAUUAGUUAUGCAUACCAAGGUUGCAACAACGAUGAAGAGCGGCAGUCCUAGCAAGCGGCUGCCAAUGCCAGCACUGGGCAGCAGUGGAUGCACCCCAACCCUCAGUUCGGCAUGCCUCAGCAAUUUGACAGCUACGGAAUGGCUCAUUUUAGGCCUCCAACUGAAGCCGUAAUGCAACAGUCCAUAGAAGGACAUGAAGGGGAUUGUACAUCCUCCAUCGGUAAAAAGCAAGUCAAAGUCAAGCAAAGUAAUUUUAGUGCAGAUGAGGAUGUACAUUUGACCAAAUGGUGGGUUGCUGUCAGCACAGACCCCGUCAUCAACACGGGCCAGAGAAGGGAGGGAUUCUGGAGCCGGAUCACGAAUGGCUACAACUCUAAUAGAGGGCCACACGUUGAGCGGUCUCUGAAGUCACUGAGCAGUAGAUUUGACCACAUCAAGGAGCAGUGUGCAAAGUUUUCUGACUACUAUACACAGAUACUACAUGUUAAUCCAAGUGGUAUGUCUGAUGCGGACAAGACUACAGAGGCCCUUGCUAGGUUUGCCAGUACACAGAAGCCUUUCAUGUUGAUGCAUUGUUGGAAGAUUCUGAAAGACGAGCCAAAGUGGCAAGACCUUGUUGUUAUGAGCCAAAGUGGCAAGAACAAUGAGCAAGAAGAUGACUGCUAUGUUACAUCUCCCUCCAACCAAGGAGACACUGAAGCUGAACCGUCAACCCCAUCUAGUGGCGGGACCAAGAGGCCACCUGGCCGUGAUUCUUCAAAAGCAAAGAAGCAGAAGAGUGCCUCCUCAUCUGCAUCUGCAGCUUCCACCGAAUAUGUAUCUAAAAUGCAUGAUCUGUGGUCUGAUAGGUUCUCGUUCAUGAAGGAGCAGCAGGUUGAGAAGAGCAAGCAAAUGGCCGAAUUGGCCAAUCUGGAAAAGGAGAAGCUUGAUAGGCAAAUGGAGUUGGAGGAACGUCGUUUGGCUUUAGAAGCUAGGAGGUUGGCCAAGGAGGAAAGGGUGGAUGAAUCAAGGUUAUUGGCCGAGGAGGAACAUAUUCUUAACAUUGAUCUUGACACAUGCAAACCAUCUCUUAGGGUGUUCUAUAAGGCUCAGCAAGACAAGAUCCUUGCCAAGUACUUGGCGCCAUCUUCUUAACUUUAAAAAUGUGUUAUGUGCCCUGCGCCAUUUAUUUCCUUGUUGUAACGUAGAACUAUUUGUUUGAUUGUUGUAUCUGUAGUUUGGAGAACUAUUUGUUUGAUUGUUAUAUCUGUAGUUUGGAGAACUAUUUGUUUGAUUGUUGUAUCUGUAGUUUGGAGAACUAUUUGUUUUA